CCACUUUGUUUACUUCCUCACCGCCGGUUUGUCUCCACAGUUAUCGGCCCGGUUGAGUUCUUCUGGCGGUAAUUUAUCAGCUCCUUUAACGACAUUAACUCACUGACUUCUGUUACUGACUUUAACGAAUAACCGCUUCGACCAGUCAAACAUGUCCGCGGACCAGAAGACCUUCCCCCCGCAGUCCUCUCCGUUCCCCCCGCAGUCCGCUCCGUUCCCCCCGCAGUCCGCUCCGUUCCCCCCGCAGUCCGCUCCCUUCCCCCCGCAGUCCGCUCCGUUCCCCCCCGGAGCGGCGGAGCGUGUGGGCGGUGAGGACCCGCACAUCAGCCCGCAGUCGGAGAUGGAGACUCUGCGGAUGUUGGUCAACGAGCGGCUGACGGCGGCGGUGGACGACAUCCUGGGAGUGUUCAUGACAACCGUGGCCCGGUACCGGGAGCAGAUAGACCGCCAGCGGCGACAGCUGGACAGCCUGAGGUCCGAGGAGGGCGACCGGAGCCGGGCGGCAGACUCUCUGCAGACGUCCUGGAUUAAAAGGUGCCCUGAUGAUCAGAUCCUGAGCGUCCAGUUUGACGAGGCGGACGCCGGUUCGUCUGCGGCUCAGAUUAAAACCGAGGUUGGCGUUGGGGACUGUGGAGCGUCGGGACCAAACGGGGACUUUGAUCCGACCGGCGGCUCAGAAGAAGGAGCGAGCGACGGCCGACUCCUCGCCGACUGCUCCGACGACACCGACGACAGCGGGGACUACUGGAGGGAGCCCGCCGGGGUUUGGAGACUGGAGGAGACGGGAGCGGCAGAAGGACGAAGUUCAUCUCCGAGCGGGAAGGCGAAGAGCUCCGGAGAUCAGCCUCCGCCGCCGGCGUUCAGUUGCAAAGUGUGCGGCGAGUCCUUCCACAAGGUCGGCUAUCUGAUCACUCACUGUACGGCACAUCUGAAGGACUGCGGCCUGUGCGGGAAACACCUGGAGCUCACCGAGAGCCUGAAGGUUCACCUCCGGGUUCACCGACACUCCACGUUCCGCUGCGGCGUGUGCGGCCAGAGCUUCACGCUGCGGGGGAACCUGCGGACGCACAUGAGGAUCCACUCGGGCGAGCGGCCGUACGCCUGCACCGUCUGCGGCAAGAGCUUCGGCAGGAGGGCGACGCUGGUGCGGCACGUGCGCAGCCACACGGGCGAGAAGCCGUUCACCUGCACGUACUGCGGCCGCGGCUUCGUGGAGAAGGGCAACCUGACCGUGCACCUGCGCACGCACACCGGCGAGCGGCCGUACUGGUGCUCCGUCUGCGACCGACGCUUCAGCCAGCUGGCCUGCUUCUACAGGCACCCCUGUCAGAGGAGGGCCGUGGACGCCGAGUGAUCCGGUUCUGAGUAAACCUCCUUCAUGAGCCCAUCAUGAAAGAAUCUCACAAUCAGCUUCUACAAUCUUAACGCCACAAUCACCUGAAAGGAGCAGCAGGUGUGUGAGGGCGGUCUGAUUCCAGUCCUUCACAGAACAGUUUCCAGUCCACCUGUUGAUCCAGCUGAGGUGGUCUCUGUGAACCUCCAUGAGCUUUUACUUCAACGAACGAUUCUUUCCACUAUCAGUGAAUCAGCUGAUCAUCCUCUCAGUGAAUCAGUAAAUGAUUUAAAGUGUGUAAAAUGUUUAUUUAAUAUACACACAUUUUUAGGGGCUUUGUGCCUUUAUUGGACAGGACAGCUGAAGAUUGACAGGAGGGGGGGGCCUCAGGUCGGACCCGAACCCACAGCUGCUGCAGCAAGGACUCAGCCUCGGUACGUUCCGGCUCCACCAGGCGAGCUACGGGGCGCCGAGCUCACGUCCUCCAAUGUCCCAAAGAUAUUCAGUUUACUGUCGUAGAGUUUCACAUUUUAGAAUCUGUGAACCCCGAAACCUCAACGAGUAACUGAAAAUCAAAAUAGUUGAUAUAAUAGUUCACAACUAAUCAAAUGAAGCUUCAAGUUCUGCUCUUAUUUUGAAGGGUGACUUUGAUAUUUUCCGUGUUCUUCUUGCUGCUGACGGCUCAGAUUGUAUCACAACUGGAAAAAAUGAAACAUUUUUAGCACCUUUGGCUUUAUCUGCUCGCACAGUCGCAGCAGCUGGUUCACCUCCAGCAUAAUCACAAGGUAGACAUCCAAAACAGCACAUUUGUACGUGAAACUACAUCAUCAAUACACAUAACGGCUACCGAGGUGUUUUGAUGAUUAAUGCUGUGUCAUAGCGAGCCCAUUUCCAGGCCAGUGAUCUGGAUCUGUGCCCGGAUGGUAAAGAACGGGUUGAGGGGUGCCUGGUGUCGUGUGCUCUGUGUGCGAUGGCUUUGCUGUUGAGGUCUGAGAGGUUGGGGAGAACAGUUGCAGGUGCUGAUAUGAGUUUGUUCCUACAGGAGGCCGUUAACAUGCUGAACAACCAGCAGAGGAGGAUGGGUUGGAUUGUGCUUUUAUAAAGCAGCAGCAGGAGGUCGGGGGUUGUCCAGAGUGAGUCCAAGAUAUCUGAAGCCCUCCACCAUCUCAGCAGCUUCAUUAUUGAUUCAUUAUUUCAGUGUGGGCUUUUACAUAAAGGAAGCUCCCUCAAUACUGGACCCACAAACACAAACAGUACAGUUAUUCUUUACGUGGCGUACGCAGCUCGGACGGGAUUCUCCUCCAACCGUGAUGAUUUCUUCAGGUUAUUCUGGAGCCAGCACACAGUUUCUAUCUGUCUGUCUGUCUGUCUGUCUGUCUGCCACCAGUGACACUCAGCUGAUGUUGAUUCAAUAAAAACAACACUGAAAGAGCA